CAAGAGACAUGGGGUGAUGGAAUUGAUAAAAAAAGAAAGACCCACCCAUAUGCUGCCUACGAGAGAUGCAGACACAUGCAGAUUGGUACUCAUGCAGCAGCCACUGUGCAGACAGGACUUCGCUCACUCCCACACCUCAUUCCUUUCUCCCGAAACCAUGUUUGACAAACCCAUUAUGGCUGAGAUUGAGAAAUUCAAUAAGUUGAAACUGAAGAAGACAGAAAUGCAAAAGAAAAAUCCACUGACUUCAAAAGAAACAACUGAACAGGAAAAGCAAGCAGGCAAAUCAUAAUGAGGCAUGCACAGUCAAUAUGCACUGUACAUUCCACAAGCAUUGCCUUCUUAUUUUACUUUUUUCAGCUGUUUAACUUUGUAAGAUGCAAAGAGGUUGGAUCAAGUUUAAAUGACUGUGCUGCCCCUUUUUACAUCAAAGAAUCAAGAAAUACUGACAACAAGGGCC